AUGGCUUCCUCUUUGAAGAACGUUGCAAUCAUCGGGGCCAGCGGCAGCAUUGGCAAGAUCAUCCUCGACGGCCUUGUCACAUCCGCGCAAUUCACCAUCACCGUGAUAUCCCGCAAAGAAAGCGAGGCCACAUUCCCCUCGGAUGUCGUUGUUCACAAGACCGACUUCUCGGGCGCGGGCCUCGAGGCCGCACUCAAGGGCCAGGACGCCGUGAUCUCGGUGGUGGGCGCCGCUGGAUUCGGAGAGCAGAAGAAGAUCGUUGAUGCUGCCAUCCGAGCGGGUGUCAAGCGCUUCAUCCCCUCGGAGUUCUCGGCAAGCAGCCAGAACGAAGCGGUGCUGCAUCUCCUGCCGCUGUUUGGGCAAAAGAAGGAACUGGUCGAGUAUCUCAAGACCAAGGAGUCGGGAGGCCUGAGCUGGACCGGUAUUGCCACUUCGUUGCUGUUUGAUUGGCGUCUGCUCCAACAGGGUCUUGGGAACGGCAUCUUGGAAUUCGACAUUGCCAACCGCAAGGCUACCAUCUGGGAUAGCGGCGAGAAGAGCUUCACUCUGACAAACGAGAAGCAGCUCGCCAGAUCUGUCGUCUCGGUCCUGCAGCAUCCACAGGAAACCAGCAACAAAUACCUUUAUGUUGCCUCUGUAGAGACCACGCAGAAGGACAUCCUGGCUGCUCUUGAAGAAACCAUGAAGACCCAGUGGACCGUGACGGAGACAUCCACCGACGCGGAGAUCAGUGGAGGGGUCAAGAGGCUCUCUGCGGGAGAUUUCAGCGGUGCCAUCACGCUGGUUCGUGCCACUGCGUUUGGCAAUACCCCCGGCCUCCAUGCGAACUAUGCCAAGGAGGAGACUCUUGCCAACGAGAUGCUGGGAUUGUCGUUGGAGAGUGUACAGGACACGGUCCAGCGGGUGGUGGGGCAGUAG